AUGCCCCUGACGAAGCGUACAAUAUCACCGUUGAAUUUGUGUCGAAAUCGGCUUCCGUCAGACAUCACUAAGAACGAAUUGGAAUGCGUCGCCAAUGGCACCCUGGCCAACAUCAUACGACAGCUGAGCUCACUGAGUUGGCAUGCCGAAAGUAUAUUCGGCGAAAUAUUCCAUGAAGCCGUAAAGGUCGAGCACAAAGCGAACACGCUGUGUACACGUCUCGACCGUCUUGUUGCCAAAGUGUCGCAACUGGAUAAUGCUAGCGAUGAAGUUUCCCUGAAAGAUUUGCCUCUGCUUAAACCGUUCAAAAGUAGUAUGCUGAUCGAUCAGCAGUCUUUGAGUCGUCAUACUAUGCCAUCGGAAAUGGCCGAAAAAUACCGAACCUGCGACGAACCUCCAGAGUUAGAUAAACUGAAUCCGUACAGGUAUUAUAAAGCAUCAGCGAUUGUGUCUACUCUUGAUUUUAGAAAUGAUUCCAAGCGUGCUCUGAAAUUUUACACUGAUCCAGAUUACUUUUUUGAACUAUGGCGGUGCGAAAUGCUAAAGGUUUCAGAAACGCCGAAGAGACCGAAAUCUGUGAGUAUAACAUGUUUGAGACAAGUUUUUGCAUCUUCUAGCAAAAACCAUAGGUCAUAG